UAUCAAUGACUUAUGAUGAUGCAGCUGAAUGGGUUAGUAAAAUUAAAUAAGCAAUUCUCAUAUCAGAAUAUGAGGCUCUGCUUCACUCUUCUAAUUAUCAGAUCCCCAUCGAUUCACAUAAAUCUUUAAAGAAUGACAUUUCAAAUAUAACUAAGUAUCUAAUUGCCCAACUACUUUAGAAAUAUCCCAGAAUACGUGUAAAAAUAAUUAUAACUCUACCAAGAAUUAAGUAAGGAUAAGUGGAUUAUUGAAAAAUCAUUAAAAUAAAUGAAGUUAACAACAAUCCACUCUUCCAAUAAUAUUGUUCUGAAAGGUGAAUAUGUAUUUAAUACUUCUUUAGAGAAGGUGGCCACAAUAAUUAAAGUAAAUUAGUAAAUAAAUUAAAUAGAAAGGUGGAAAACUUUUGGAUUUAUUUAAAUAAUCAUCUGAAAUCCAUGAGAUUGAUUUGUAAUAAUAUCAUAAAGAUACAUGGCAUUUUAAUAAUGAAGGUAAGAUGUAUAUUUUAGAAUCUAAAUAUAUAUAGUUUGAUUUCCAAAGGAAUAAUUCAUUUUUCUUAACAAGAGAAUCAGUCAAUGAAGGCUAAUUUCCCAUUGCUAAGAAUUCUGAUAACGAAUCAAAGAAAAAACCAAUAUCAAUUUUUAAGAUGUUUGAAAUUAUUCAUGUAGUGGAGGAAGACUCAAAAUGUUACAUUUAAUACAUGCAGGUUGUAAAAAAAGACCAAAAUGAAAAAAUAAUAAGAAAACUAAUGAAGGAGUAAAUAAUUAAUUUGUCAAUAAUAUCAACAGAAUUGGAUUUGCUUUUAAUUUAAAUUAAUAAUGAAGCUCUACCAAUAGCACAAUCAAGAAUUGUGCUUGAAACCAAUCAUUCAAAUAAUGAUAGUUAAGAAAAUGAAUUUUCUAAAGGAGAAAAUUUUAAUUUCCCCCCUUAAGAUCGCUUAGGUUAUGUAGAUAAUUAGUUAAAACCUAAUGAGUCUGCAAAGAAAUAUGAAAAUAUGCAUAAUAGAAUUAUACACUAAAAUGAAGAAUAAUUAAAAGCUCUAGCAGAAUUAAAAGAGAAGAUAGGUCAUUUAUUUUUGAAUGACUAGGCCUUGAUCAGGUAUUUGAUUGCAAGAAAUUAUAAAGUUAAAGAUACUGAAAAAAUGAUACUGAAAUGUUUAGUAUAUAAACUCACUAUUUUUAAUAGCAAUGGAGGAAGGAAAAUAAAGUUAAUUCCAGAAAGACCUCUGACUACUAAAUGUAUGCUAAUGAAAAUGUUCAUACUUAAUUGGGAUUUUCAAGAUGGGGACAUCCAAUUCUAGUAACUAAUGGAAUGAAUUCUCAUCCAGAAAAGUUUGAAACUAACUAAGGAUUUUCUGAAUAGGGCUAUUUGUAAUUCCAUUAAAGUCUGAUGGAAGAAGGCAUUAGAUCGUAUUAUAAUAUAUUAAUAAAACAAGUAUGAGAGGAUAUGUAGAUCAAUUUAUUGUAAUUAUUGAUUGUUAUAAAUUGAGUCCUGCUAACUUCUCUUUCAGUGUAUUGAAAAAUGCGUUUAUAGAAAUCUUCAACUAUUAUCCUGAAAGAUAAUUUAGAAUUUAUGUAAUAAACACAAACUUCUUGACUCGCAGCUUUUAUACUAUGUUAAAGCCAUUUUUACCAUCCAGAACUGUUGAAAAGGUUAAAUUGUUCAUAUUUUUAGAUUAAUUUUGUUGGAUAAGAUUUCAAUGAGAUUAAGAAAGCACUUCUGAAAGAUUUAGAUGAGGAAACCAUUCCAGAAAGAUAUGGAGGCAAAAACAUACUAAUUUAAUGA